AUGUUUACAAAAGAUGAAAAAUUUUGUAUCCAGAAGCUUGAUCCAGAAGAACCUUCUUCAACUGUGAUGAAACUUAGGAAAAAAAAGAAAAUCGAUUAUAGUGAAAGCCCAACAGAGAAGAAAUCCUCUGGUUCAGAGUAUCAAGAAAAACAAGAGAAACUUAAGAAGAUAACUUAUACCAACAAUAAUGAAAUUGAAAAAGUGCAGAUGUCAGAAAAGGAUUUUAAUAAGUUCACAAAAGUAUUCCAAAAACUCGAAGAUAGCAAAAAAUGGGUAUUAAAGUCUGAAAAGAUUGUUGAAGAUAGUUAUACAAGUUUGGAAUGA